UUCACAUUUUAGUUUUAGUUAUCUAGUUGGUUUUAGGUAACUAUAACAACCUUGGUUCAGGGUCACAUCAAGGUCCAAGGACACAUCAACAUGGAGCUGGUAUGAUAUGAUACGGUGAGAUACGAUACAAUACGAUGCGGUGCGAUACAAUACAAUAGGGUAGGAUACAAAACAAUAUGAUACAAUAGGGUAAGCUACAAUAUGAUGCGAUACGAAACAAUACAACAGGAUUAGCAAAGAUACAAGGAGCAGAAUCUGGCCAGGCCAAAAGUCUCUUGGGGGCUCAUCAUCACAAAGUGUACAUACCAAUGGAAAUGUUCAAGUAUAUAUUUUUAAGCUUAAUGCACAGCUAUGGCACUUUUUUUGCUCAAAUUGUAAUAUUCAAAGUCUAAUUGGGAGUUUUGAUACUGUUACAUCCUUAAUGAAAUACCCUUAGAAAUGCAAAGCUAAUGUAUUCACCACAAUUUCACCUCUUACCAGUUUAUCCUUUAAAUUCUUUUCACUCUGUCCAACAUCCUCUUCUUUUUUUAUCCCACUUUUAACUUCCUCUUUUGCCAGUUAACUUCUGCUCCCAGUGUCACGGUUUGUGUCAUAACUGCAACGUGAGGAGUCAUGAAGUAGUGAGUCAAAUUGGCAGGGAAACCCUUUAGAGUGGUGUGGUUUCUUUAUCAUUCAAAUAUGGAUAUUUCUCACCAGUGAUCCAUUUAUUGCCCAACACAAGUCAGGACUAUGACAAAUCACUGUAUUGAUAUUUUUGUUGCACUCCCGAGUUUGGCCUCAUUUCAGCCAGUAAACAGGGCAAAUAUGUACUAAUUACUUUGUGGCACUCAUUUCAACAUAUAAUAAGUGUAACUGUACACAGACUUGUUCACACAAUGGAUCAAUAGACUGAUCAAACAGCUGGCUGCCAUGUUUUGACUGCUGCAGCUCUGUUCUUGGAAAAUCAUUUCUUGGUAUCUGCGUGAAUAAAACAAGCUGCAGUGUUUUUCUGCUUCAUUUUUUCCACCAACAGCACUUCUGCAUGACCCACCCACUCCUCUCUUACACUAACUUCCACGCAUACAUACACUACAAAUCUCAUUCCCCACCAUAAAGCUGCCUUCACGCCACAAACAAGUCACCGUUUCCCAAAGCCCAACCCAUCCCAUCCUCGCAUGGACCAUCAGCUUGAGCACAUUUAUGACUUAACUGCCUGGCCCUCCAGUUCACUUAGACCGCCUCGGCUUUAAGGGUAUGACCAUGUGUUUCCUGACACGCUGAUUAUUCUGAAUCAUUUCACUUAAGGGCCCAGAUGCUACCUGUCUGUUAGGCUUCUCUGAGAGGGCAAUUAAGGCAGGCUGGUGCCGGCUAAAUGCCCCUUUUUCUGCAUGAGUGGAGGCAUCUUUUUAUCUGCUUCUCUGCCAUGAUGUCGUAUGUGCCUCGCCCCCUUUGUGCCCACAUGCAUCAACGGCUAAGUGGCCAACGCCUCUUUUUCUGUCACCUGUGUCAGAGAUAUUCCCUAUGACUCAGAGCUCAGUCUGAACAUGAUAAAGGGUGAAAUCUGUCCCUAUAGCAGCGCUCGCAUCAGAUUUGAAAAGGAAUUUCCAGCAAAAAAAUGAAAGGACUUGACUUUGACCAGUGGUUUUAUAAAUGGAUGAGCAGCCAUGAACCUAUAACUCAUCAAGCAAGACUUCCGUUUGCCUGUUUUUGGAAGAAUCUCUGAGGACUUGACCUUAUCAUGAUAAAUUGGAGGCAGUGCUACUUUUAUCCUGGACUUCCUGUGCCUCUCAGCAGUGUUUAUGUCUUAAAUUGAAGAAAUGCACGUGUCUAUCCAGGAUUUUGUCGCGCUCUUCGUCUACAUCUUCACCUUUAUGCUGGGCCUUCCUUCAAACAUUCUGGUCCUGUUCGUGUACGUUCGCAAGGCUCGCAAGCAUGGCGCCACACCCAACGUGGUCUACGCCCUCAACCUGUGCCUGGCCAACCUGGCGCUCGUGGUCUGGUUGCCUAUCAAAGCUGUGGAGACUUUACUUCAAGACUGGAUGCUCCCUGCACUCGUCUGCCCCAUCUACAGCUUCUUCCUCUACUCCUCACUGUACGGAAGCUGCCUCUUCAUCACCGCUGUGACAGUCGGGCGCUACCUCAGCAUCGCCUUCCCAAUAGUAUACAAAAGGUACCGGCGUGCUCGUCUCUCCUGCUUCAUCAGCACUGCCUUGUGGGUCUUCGUCUUCAUUCAUCUCAGUAUCAGCCUGGUGGCUGAACAAGGUGCUAACUUUGUCUCGGUUGAAGGUGAUGCAUCAGUCUGCUAUGACCACUUCAACACCUCACAGCUAGCUCUUCUGCUGCCCCUACGCCUGGAGAUGGCCAUCGUUUUGUUUCUUGUGCCUCUUAUUCUGACGUCUUUCUGCACACUGCGGUGUGUCAUCCUUGUGUGGCGCUCAAACUUGCGCCCUUAUGGGAAGAGAAGAGUCCUGACUGUUGCUCUGUCCACGCUGGCUGUGUUUGUGGUGUGCUAUGCACCCUACAAUGCCUCACACGUCGUAGGAUUUGUAUCGGGUGAGAAUGUUGAGUGGAGGACAUACGCUAUGCUGACGAGCUCCUGUAAUGUUUUCCUGGAGCCAGUGGUCAUGCUGAUGCUGUCGCCAGCUGUUUCGAGGGGAAUCAUGGGAAGAGUGUGUGGACGGCAGAGCCAGUACAGCCGUAGAGGAGGGUUGAGGCAUCAAUACGGUAGUGCUAAUGGAGCUGCAAAUAUAAGAGCUCUGCCUAAAGGGUCUGAGAGGAGCCAGGUGGCUGCAGAAGAGACUAAGGAGUCAGGAGUGAGGUCACAGAAGGUGGAGACAUCAGGGGAUUCAAAAGACACUGUUGAAUCGAAUAAAAACAUUGAGGAAUAGAGGACAACUAUUUCUCAGCUUGCCCAAAUGAAUCUAAAGUCACCACUUUUUACUGAUAAUUUAAUCAGAAUCAUUUUUCUCCAAGUUCAUCACUACAUCAUGAGGAAACAAGUUUAGAUCAAACGUUUAGACAGAAGACAGUUGGAAAAGCUGCUUUUUGGCUGAUGUCAGCCCUGCACAUGGGUCUGUAUGUGUGUGUCUGUCUCACUGACUGAGUGACAAUACUCUCAGAGCCAUACAUAUAGAGUUGCAUUAUGGGCAGGGUUUAGUUGUACUCAAAGCCGUCAGUAGUGGCUGCCUCCAGUGUGGUGAUUACCUCGCGUGCAGUUUUAGCAUUGCAUCGGUUUUACUAGAACUGGACCACGUUUCUGUAUGAAACAUCUCAUGAUGUCAAAGAUGUUUUUGCUCUUCUGCCAACCUGCUACGGCAUGAGUAUGUGAGAGUUACAGGGGAAAGGAUUACUUGUUGUGUGAACGGUUGUGGGCAGUAGUUGCUAGUGGAGUGACUAGCUCAGACUUAGCCACAGCAGCAGUUUUGUCAGAACGGGACAACAUUUCUUUAUCAUAACAAGGGCAGAGAGCAACACUGAAAGCUUUCUGUGACAGAAAAUGUUUUCGCUCUUCUCCCGGUCUGUUUUGACAUGGGUUUACGAUCAUUACGGUGGGGUUUUCCGGUGUAUCCAAAGGCUGCUGCCGUGGUCGCCAUUAGCUCAGACGUAGCUGUAGGAAAGCAGCAGUUUAAUCAGAACUGGACCACAUUUCUUUUUAACACAAGAGCAAAGAGUCACACUGAAAGCUUCUCUUGGCAGAGAUUUUUUUGCACGACCUCUCGAGUGGCCUUGGCAUCAAUUUUAGACAAAGCUCUGCCGUUAACAAUCUAAAACGGU